AUGCCACCUAAAAAAGGUGACCCAAAAUCAGCUGCCAAGAAAGGCAAGUCAGAGGAGCCAAAGAAGGGAGGAAAGGAUGAUAAGAAGGGAGGGAAAGAUGACAAGAAAGGGGGAAAGAAAGUGGAGGAGCCACCAGCUAAGGGAAAAGGGAAGGAUGACUGUAAGAAGGGAAAGGGAAAGAAACCUGUCAGCGAGUCAGAGGAAGGGUCAGAGGAAGAAGAAGAGGAAGAGAAGGAAGUGAAGGGGAAGUCACAUAUGAAGAAAGGGAUCGGUGCAGUAAACCUGAAAAAGAUGAGUGGUGUCCACAUCAAAGGAGCCUCAAAGGCCAUGAUGGGCUUUGCUGCAGAAGGACAGAAAAAAAGCAUAGGUGCAGCAAAAGCACAGAAGACAGGAGAUGCCAGGUCUCACCUCAAAGGAGCCUCAAAAGCUCUCACGGGCCUCACAGGAAAAGCCUCUCCUUUUAGCUUUCCCUCUAAACAACAGCAACCAGAGGAAGAAAAACAAAAGAGAAACCUUAAAAGCACCUCCCGUCUCUUCCUACGACUCUCCAAGAAAAAGAAGCCCCCUGCUGGUGGUAAACCACUUCUAGGCACCAGCAAGCUUUUUGCUGGGUUUGGGGCUAAGUCACCUUCCGGUAAGAAAAGGCCUGGUCUGUCUGGCAUCAGCUUGUUUACUAAACAAGAUGAUACUGAAAAAGAAACCACACCUCCUAAAAAGACAAUAAAUCUAUCCAGUUUAGGGAGGAAGGGGAAAAUGGCAACAGAGGCAAAGGGACUGGGAGGGAAGUUCAAAGGCAUGUUUGGGAAAAAGAAAGCGGGAUCAGAGUUUAAGACUAAAAGCUGGAUGUUAGGAAGGAUUGCUGCAGCAACGAACUGGCUGACAGGGAAGUUCCUGGCUACUAAGGCCCAAGGUCAGCCGAGGGAAAGAGCAGGAGGACAGGGGCGAAAGUGUCUGUCAUUUGCUAACAGGGACACUAAAGGGAGACAGGCAAAUUAUUACAAUGGGGCCUAUGAGUAUGAUGGUGAUGAGUAUGGAUGCGAGGAAGAAUACCAAGACAAGUGGAGACCAAGUGGCUUCCUGAGACAACCGAUGACCUAUGACCCAUAUGACCAUUAUGAAGAGGAAAUGGAUUAUUAUGAUGAUGAAGAGUGGGAAGAUGAAUAUGGUUACUAUGAUGAUGAGGGCAACUUUUAUUAUGAUGAUGAGUUUUACUAUGAUGAUGACGUGGAUUACUACAGUUACCCUUAUGGAUAUUACGAUAAUGAGUAUGAAGAUUACUAUAGCGAUGAAGGGAUGGUGUAUUACUAUGGUGAAGAUGGAAUGCUGUAUGCAAUGGAGCCAUAUGGUAACUAUGGUGAGGCCAUGGAUGGUUUCUAUGACCCAUAUGACCCUGAGCUGUAUGGAGAUUACUUUGACCAAAAUAUGGGUUAUAACAAUGGGAUGUCAGACCCAUAUGGCAUGAUGAGGGGUGGUUAUGAUAUUGUUUCAGGCAUAUAUAAUGGCCCAAUGCUGGGAUAUACAGACCCUGCUACUAUUUACAACCCCUAUCAGCAAUCUCUCUAUAUGGAUGCUGGGCUGGAUCCAGCUGAGAUAGGACAGCUUUAUGGACAGGAGCAGCUGUCUUACCCUCUAGCCGAGCCAUUUUCAGCAGAGCAGUUCAGGGUCCCCAGGCCCCAAGUUAGGCUAUUUGGGAAAGACAGAUUAGAGGUGGAAGCCCUGCCACCUCCUCCUCUUCAUUCUCAUCCAUCCUCCCCAGCUCUUGCCCUCAACAAUCUGGAAAUUUUGUCUGAUAUACAAUUUGAGCAGCCAUUCCCCACAUACCUUCCAGCGCAGCCCCAUUACUGCACUGUCAUGGACCAACAACAAACGCCCAUUCCUCCGAGACAAGCCUCCUCACCAACAGCUAUGAUCAUUCAACAAGAGCACCCCCUCCCUCAGCCUACUCACCCUCCUCUCUCCAUUUCUCCCAGCCACUUGGCCCCAUCUCUCCUACCACCACAAUUGGCCUCCCAAGUUUACCAACCAUCUAUCCCCCAAGAUCCACAAAUGUUCCAGAUGGGGCAAAUGUCACCACUGGUCACACCAAUACAGCCACCACUGAUGCGUUCACCGCUGCAUUCACCAGUGGCUUCACCUAGGCCAGCAUCCAGCCAGACCCCCAUCAUUCCCCUUGCUUUCAUAGGAAAGGGCUCACUCACCGGCCCUCAAUGGCAGGCCAAAGGUCAAAUUCCCCACCUGACAGGUGGAAACCACCUAGCCCACCAGCUUCUCCACUACACCACAGAAGAGCCCGCUAGCUUCACCCCGGAGAUCACUGAGGAAGAGAUCAAGCCCACCACCUUCCCGAAGACUCUCUUUAGGACAGCAACCCCCUCCAGAUGCGGUGCCUCCGCCAUCUACAAGACUGCAUUUGUUCAAAGGCUGAGAGGAGGUGCAGGAGGUCGAAGUCACGUGCCCAUGGGGGCUGUGAAACCCUCCCCAGCUAACCCCUAUUUACAGAGACGCAGUAGACAUGGACCCCCUGUCACCCAGCAUGUGGCCCCAUUCAGAUCCUCCAUGCAUAGUGGCCCAGCCUCUCCCUCGGGACAAAUAGGGGGUGUAGCUGGAACACCCAUGUUAGCUAGGACAGGCUCACGACCUACAGUGUUAAGGGAGUCAAAGCGAAUUGGUACUCCCCAAGGAGGCUUCCACAGACCUGUGGGUAGGGGGCAGCCGCUAGUCCGUAUGCCCAGAAACCAGCCCUCUCUUCAAUCUAGGCAGUCAUUCAGAGCACCUCCUCCAGUGCCACCUGUCUCUCCACAGCCGUCUUUGAAACAGAGUGGCCCUCUUUCUCCCCAGCCAUCAUUGCGUAGGCUGCAAAGUAGACCUCCAUCUCCAAGACCACUGCAGAAUCCAUCUCAUCUGCCCUCCCGUUCAGCCUCUCCCAAUCACCAUCUAACUCACCCACCCUCCCCCUUGCUCAACAGGGAUGCGAGUCCCCAGAGUCUAGGACCAACAUCUUUUCAACCUCCGGUACCUCGGCCCGGUCUUCCCCCUAGCACUCUUUCACCAUCUCACAGUGUCACACAGUAUGACUACACAAUGAUGGAACCAGGCCCAUCCCCAAUGCUUAGCAAUGCUUUACCAAACCCACAGGUUGUAGAUGCUCCUUUUCAUCACUCUCCUCUUCCCUCCUCCAUCCCUUACUCCACCACUGCUUACUCCUCUCCUUUACAGAGACCAACCUUCCCUCAAACACAGCAUGAAGUCUACCCUCAAAACCUCCCUCAAGCGGCACCCUCAUCACCUUAUCUAGGACGCAUGCUUCAGAACCCUUAUCUGCAGAAUGCCAGCAACACUACACCUUUACAGAGCAGCGCUUCCCCCAUACCUGGUGAGCAAGGGGAGAAAUCGGCUGAAGUACAAGUGAGCCAGGAGGUGAACCCGUACGCCACUCUUGGUUUAUCCAAUGCUUUGAUGCAGAACUCCCGCCUGCGCAGUGCCUCCUAUUCAUCUCCUGUACAACGCAAUAGCAACCUCUAUACAACAGUCCUCUCACCUCCUCAGUCUGAAGCCCCUCUUGCCUCCUCUGUACCAUCCUCCCAACACUUGUCUUCUGCUAUGCUUAACUCCCAGCUACGUAAUGCUUCCUUUGCCUCACCCCUUCAACGCCACCUCUCCCCCAUGCCUUCUGCCUCACCUGCUCCUCCUCCCACCACACCUCAACAAGGGACUAUCAGAGGUAUAUCCCCCCUCAUCUCUGGUGGACGCCAGACCUCCCAAAUCCAGGGAUCCAUGUUCAGACUUCCAGGUGGCACUUUGACAAUGCCUCAGGGCCCUGUUGAGCCUCCAUUUACAACUGAUGGUGGAGGUGGGGUUAGUGGUGGGGAAAGCCAGUCACCCUCAAUGCUCUCCAGUGCCCUGCAGAACCCAAGCCUACGUCAGGCCACCUAUCGGUUACCUGAUGGCUCACUGGUCACCAGAACUGAACCUGCUGAACCAUCAUCAUGUCCAUCACCACUCUCCUCCCCUAUGCUGUCCUCUGCCUUGCUCAAUCCCAGUUUGCGACAGGCAACAUAUUGUUUGCCUGAUGGCACUCCAUUAACCAGGACAGAGCCCACACCUGCACCCUCCCCUUCCUCACCUCUGCUUUCCUCUGCACUGUUGAACCCCAGUGUACGUAAAGCCACAUACCGGCUGCCAGAUGGAACUUUGGUUACAAGAAAAGAGCCAGCUUCCGAGCCUGUCAUCCCAUCCUCUCCUAUGCUCUCCUCUGCUCUUCUUAAUGUUGAUGUUUGUAAGGCCUCUUAUCGAUUACCAGACGGUUCAAUUCUGACACAUCCUGAAGAAGAGACACAGAAUACUGAGAGCGCAGUAUCAUCACCGGGGCUAUCUAGUGCCCUGAUGAAUGCUAACCUUCGAAAGGCAAAAUUUCAGCUCCCAGAAGGAUCAUCACUGUUUUCAACGAACCAACCUCAAGCUUGCUCUUCUGCAUCCUCUGGUCCUCUCCUUUCUGGUGCCUUGCUAAACACCAGCCUCCGGGGUGCCUCCUAUAAACUCCCAAACACAUCAAUAUUGAGGCAGCCUGGUUCUGCUGCUACUUCUGAGCCACAUUCUCUUGACCUUUCCAAAGCUCUUCGCAACCAGAACCUACAACCUGCCAACUACGGUUUGUCAGAUGGAACUCUGAUGACUCAUUAUCAGCCCAGUUCUGCAUCCCGAACGCUUGACCUGUCUAGUGCUUUAUCGAAGAACCCAAACCUUCUUGGGGCAAAGUACUGCCUCCCUGAUGGUAAUAUCAUAACACGGCUUGGUGCCCCUAGGACCCCAGAACCUCGCUCGCUUGACCUCUCUGGUGACCUGCCGAACCCUCACUUCCAAGGGGCCUCUUUCCGCCUACCCUCUUCAUAUGCUGUAGUUUCACCUCAGGUCCAGGGAUCCGGCCCUGAACAGCACUGGGCACAGGGCUCCAGAGCUGAAGGCUUAGGACUGCAACAAGAUCUGGACGUGUGGGGUGCAGAGAGGGUUCUUCCGCACGGGACAGUACAGAACCUCAAUAAGUGGUCCAUAUAUAGAGACGGGGAGCUGUUGGACCUCCACAGCCUGAUGGGACAGGGACAUGCUGGUAAUGAACCAUGGGAGUGGAAUCUCAGCAGGGAGGGGGAAUCACAGGGACAAUGGUUUGACAAGAUGUACUCAAUCAGAAGCCUGCCCACCAUGGCUCACCGGGAGCGAAGAGAGGAAGAUGGAGUGGAAGAUAUGACACAGCUAGAGGAGAUGCAUGAGGGGACUGUUCUGCUGAACAUGAGGAAGAGGUUUGAGAGAGAGCUCAUCUAUACAUACAUAGGUAGUAUUCUGGUGUCUGUGAACCCCUAUAAGAUGUACAACAUCUAUGGGACGGACAUGGUGCUGCUGUACAAGGGUCAUGCUCUGGGAGAGAACCCUCCGCAUUUGUUUGCCAUAGCAAACGCUGCUUAUUCCAAAAUGAUGGAUGCCAAACACAACCAGGUCAUAAUAAUCAGUGGGGAGAGCGGUUCGGGGAAAACUGAGGCCACCAAACUAGUCCUUCGCUACCUUGCAGCAAUACAUCACAAAUGCAAUCUUGCGCAACAGAUUGAGAUACUUGAGGCAGCUCCUCUGCUGGAAUCUUUUGGAAAUGCCAAAACUGUGCGGAAUGAUAAUUCCAGUCGCUUCGGGAAAUAUAUAGAGGUCUUUCUGGAGGAUGGUGUGAUCAGUGGUGCCAUAACCUCUCAGUAUCUGUUGGAAAAGUCCCGUAUCGUCUUCCAGGCCAAAGAUGAGAGAAACUAUCACAUCUUCUACGAGAUGCUGGCAGGUCUUCCGUCGCAGCAGAAGCAGGCUUUCUAUCUACAAGAGGCUGAGACCUACUAUUACCUCAACCAGGGAGGGGAUUGUGGAAUAAUGGGAAAGAAUGAUGCAGAAGACUUCAUGCGUCUGCUUGCCGCCAUGGAGAUCCUCCACUUUACCCCUGAUGACCAGUCGGCCAUCUGUAGAGUUCUUUCUUCUAUACUGCACCUGGGCAAUGUCUACUUUCAGAGAUAUGAGGCCGAUGGCCAGGAGGUGGCGUCAGUGGUGAGCGCUCAGGAGAUCAGAGUGGUGGCGGAGCUGCUGCAGAUCUCACCAGAAGGACUACAGAAAGCCGUCACCUACAAAGUCACAGAGACGAUGAGGGACAAGAUCUACACUCCACUGACCGUGGAAAGUGCUGUUGAUGCCAGGGAUGCUGUUGCCAAGAUCCUGUACUCGCUGCUCUUCCAUUGGUUAACAGAGAGGAUCAACGCUCAGGUGUACCCUCGCCAACACACCCGUUCCAUCUCCAUCCUGGACAUUUACGGAUUUGAGGAUCUGGCCUUCAACAGCUUUGAGCAGCUUUGCAUUAAUUAUGCAAACGAGUACCUGCAGUUCUUCUUCAACAGGAUCGUAUUCAGGGAAGAACAGGAGGAGUACAGCAGGGAACAGAUCCCCUGGCAGGACAUCCCGUUCAGUGACAACCAGCCCUGCAUCGACCUCAUUGCAGCUAAGCCUCAUGGGAUACUGAGGAUUCUGGAUGACCAGAGCUGCUUCCCACAGGCGACAGACCACACUUUCCUCCAAAAGUGUCACUAUCAGCACGGCAACAAUCCACUGUAUCUGAAGCCAAAGAUGCCACUCCCAGAGUUCACCAUCAAGCACUUUGCCGGCAGGGUCACCUACCAGGUUUACAAGUUCCUCGAUAAGAACUACAACCAGGUGCGACAGGAUGUCCUGGAUCUUUUCAUCCAGAGCAAGAACAAGAUGGUGUCAAACCUAUUCCUGGUUCACGCAGAGCUCAUGGGUCAGCGGAGAGAAGGUCACAUGAGGAAGAGCAGCACAGUCACCAGGAAAUACCAAGCACCCACCGUCAGCAACAAGUUCCAACAGUCCCUGCUAGAGCUGGUGGAGAAGAUGGAGAGGUGCAAUCCUUUUUUUGUUCGCUGCAUGAAGCCAAAUACUAUGAAGAAACCAGGCGUGUUUGAAGACGACCUGGUGAGCAGCCAGUUGCGACACUCUGGUGUCCUGGAAACCAUUAGGAUCCGCAGAGAGGGAUAUCCUGUCCGAAUGCCAUUCUACGUCUUCCUGUUCAGGUAUAAGUCCCUGGUGGGGAUUCAAGAGCUUCCGGCUGCAAACGGAGAGAACUGUGUGAUCAUGCUCAGUAAACUGUGUCCCCUCAGACCAGGAGCCUACCAUGUCGGAGUCACAAAGUUUUUUCUGAAGGAGGACAUCUACCAGUUGUUGGAGUGUAAACGGGAGCGUUCCCGUCAUCUCGCCGCUCUCACCCUGCAGCGUUACACCCGCAUGUUCUUUGUGAGGAAACGCUAUGUGGCCUUCCGCGACAAGAUCAUCAGGCUGCAGGCGCAGUGCCAAGGCUUCCUCACCAGGAAACGCUAUGUGAAAAUGAGGGAGAGUCUGGUCCGAUUCCGCUCCCUUGUCCACAUGUAUGUCAACCGCAAGCAAUACAUCAAGAUGAAGCUGGAAGCCCAGAGGAAAGCUGGGGACAAAAGGAGGAGGAGAGAGAAGGAGCUGAGCAAGAGGGAGGUGGUGAACGUCACGCACUUGGUGAUCCCUGCGGAGCUGGGGGCUUUACUGCAGACAGCAGGAGUCAGAAGGGAGCUGCACUCAGACUGUCUGGCUCUGCUUCAAGCUCCUCAUAUCCAGGAAGAGGCUCAACUCACUCUGCCUCUGGACAUCAACAACUACCCGUUUUACCGCUAUGUACAGAUCUACUUCAGGGAACCAAAGUUUGGGAUGUUGAUGGCCCCUCUGGAGUCACCCCUGACCCGCAUAGAGGAGGAUCUCAGGGGGGAGGCUCUGGAGCUCUUCAUCAUGGUAUUACGAUUCAUGGGGGACCCUCACCUGAAUGGGGCGCAGGAAAACAUGUUUGGGAAUUACAUCAUCCAAAGGGGCCUGACGUCUCGGUUACGAGAUGAGAUCCUGUCUCAGGUUGUCAACCAGGUGUGGAGGAACGUAAACUCUGACAACGCUGAGAGAGGCUGGCUGCUGCUGCUGGCGUGUGUCGGCAGCUUCACCCCGUCGCCCAAGAUGGACAAAUAUCUACUGAAGUUUGUGUCAGACCACGCCCCUGCUGGUUGCCAGGCGCUGCUUCAACACAGACUCAUCCAAGCCAAUCAGAAGACACAAUUAAGCUCGGGCUCCACCCCCGAAGCGGCAAGGACCUAUCCGCUGUCGCUGCUGGAGUGGACGGCCAAUAGAAAAAAGGCUAACAUGGUGUUGCAUGUGCACUGUUUUGAUGGAGGGUCAUUCCUGUGUCCGGUCCAUUCCUGGACCAGUGGGGAGGAUUUAGCAGGCGACAUCCUGCGACACAGGGGAGUGUCUGACUGGUGGAGGGGGAGUUCAAUUCUAAUGAAGGAGCACGGCCAGUGGGUGGAGUUAGCGGGUCACGACUACGUGAUGGACCUGAUUGCAGACCUGGAGCUUCCGACUGACUUCCCAAAGCAGAAGAGCUACUUUGUCAUCAGCACUAACGACGCAGCUACAGUCAGAGCUAAUGCCAGCCUUUCUUUGGUUGGCAGUGGCUUUGAUUCAGAUGAGGACGUCUCUCCUCUCUGUCUGUGUCCAGUGGAGUCAGAUGCGUUCAGUGACGGUCAGACUCAGAGAGGAAUGGACCGCUACCUGGACAGUCUGUUUGACCCUGUGCUGUCAGACAGCAGCAUAGACAUGGAAAAGACUGGAAGUUUGUCGGCAAGGAUGAAGGGAGGAGGAGGUAUAGGCAUAACAGGAGGAGGGAGAGGAGAGGGGGAGAGUCAUAUGGCCCCUAGCCGGCCUUAUCCACCAGGAAUACACCCUGGAGCUGUGCCAGUGCUGCCAGUAGCAGGAGGAAUGAUGCCACCCAUCCCUGCCAUGCCAAUCCCCUCCCACCACCAUCGCCACGAACAACACCAGCAACAACAGCAGCAGCAACAGCAGCAACUACAGCAGCAACAAUACCACCAAUACAACCGUCCCCAACACCCCUACCAGCAGCAGUCUUCUCCUACCACCACUCCUGCCACACCUGUAGCACCCACCCCGUCGCCCACUCGUGUACCCACCGCUGCCCCCCCUGCUGACAGAGAUGCUGACGUAGCAUCCCAUGUCACUGGUGUCCCCAGUCUGCCAGGGGCGCCCCUGCUCCCAGCCAUACCUGUAGUCCCAGGCCUGCCUGGGAUGACAGGAUCGGAGCAGGCAUUACUGACUCAACAGCAGCAGGCCAUUAUCAACCAGCAAGCUAUCAUUCUGGCCCAGCAGAUGACCAUGCAGGCCAUUGCAAUCCAGCAGCAGAUGUUGUCCUCCUUCCCCCCCGUUGCCCCAGCCCCCCAGUCGCCGCCUUCACUGCAUCACACGCACUCGCAGCAACGCUCCCACACACCCAGUCCUACCAAAGAGAGUGAAGAGUCGCCGUACAAGCCAGGCCCUGCUGCUGUUCAGCGAAAAAUUAGUCCAACACGUGGCCCCCUCUCUGAGGAUGUGGUCCGAUCCAGUGUGAAUAACACAGAGCGCAUGGAGCCCAGCCACGACAUUAAAGACAUCAUCAAACAGCACCAGCCUGCUGGCACAACAACUUCUACUGGACAUGCCACACAAAGAAAAGCUGAUGGAAAGAUGUUUACAAAGAAGCCAGACCCUCAUGAUGAAGCUAUGGAGAUACUUAAACACCAGAUGGCAAACCCACCACAACCGAUUCAGAAGAAGCCUCAGUCCUCCCCACAUAAAGAAGAGGGAGGUGUUAAGGUUUCGAAGAUGACCAAGUCUCGUCCUGCAGGGCCAUCUAGCUCCAACAUGAGCCCUGCCCCUCCUCCAGUCUCUAGAGAGUUGCCAGUAGAAGAGAUCAUUCAGACUCAACUCCAUAGCAGGACCAGUGAUGAAUAUUACACUUACUCCAAUGUCCCCUGGAAGCUCUACAUGAGGAAAGAGGUUUUCUAUCCUAGAGAGACGUUCAACAAUCCACUUCUUCUGGACCUGAUCUUCAGACAGGUUGUACAUGACACCUUCUCUGAGGCCUGCAUCCGUAUCACUCAGGAGGAGAGACAGAGGAUGGAAGCUCUCUUUGCAGAGAACAAGGUGGAUCAGGUUUCAGGAACACAUGACGAGAAUGUAAAGAAGAACGUGGUCGCAUUGGCCAGAGACUCGUGGGAGAUCUAUUUCUCCCGCCUCUUUCCAGCGUCUGGCAGUGUUGGGACAGGGGUGCAGGUGCUGUCUGUGUCUCAUAAAGGCAUCAAGCUGCUGAAGAUGGUGAGGAGCAGCUCUACUGCUGCAGAAUACUUUAGAGUGCUGAGGCCUUACAGCUACUCGGACAUCCUGUUUGUGUCGAUUCCAUCUAAGAACAUGCUGGAGUUCAACUUGACCAACGAGAAGCUGAUCCUGUUCUCUGCCAAGGCCCCGCAGGUCAAACAGAUGAUUGACUAUUUCCUCACAGAGCUCAAGAAGGACUCAGAGUAUGUGGUGGCGGUGAGGAACUACAUCACUGAGGACAGGACUCUGCUUAGCUUCCACAAAGGAGACAUCAUCAGACUGCAGCACAUGGAUGGGCUGGAGGCCGGCAAAUAUUACGGCUGCAUAGUGAGGAAGAAGGUCAUGCUUCUGGAGGAGCUGAAGAGAGACACUCCUGAGUUUGGCUGGCGGUUUGGGGCUGUGUACGGAAAGUCGGGAGUUUUUCCCACUGAGUACGUCCGUCCUGUAGCUGCUCCAGACUUUUUGGUUCUCCCUGCUGAGCGCGUGGAGCCUCGAGACAGACAAGGACGAGUCGCCGCCUCUGCUGCUGUUGCCGUAGCAAUGGGCUCAGCGGUAGCUGCCCACGAGCUUGACCUCUCCACAGAGGUAGUGAAUGAGAUGUAUGGGGACAGUCUGAGCGUCGAACUGGACGAUCUGCCUCUGCACGGCGGCCAGCACCACAUGGCUGAGUUUGCCAAGAAGUACUUCAGAGAGGCACAGAGGAACAGGAGUGAUCAGAAAGCCAAAAAGGGGAAGGAGGGCAGGACCCCUGUUGACAUGGUCAAAUUCUCCAAGUCUCCGAUCCAGGAGUCUCUGAUCGACUUUUCAGACAGUGGGAUGAACAGAGUGGCUGCUGACAUCUUCUUAGCCAUAAUGAAGUUCAUGGGAGACCUCCCAUUGAAAGGCCAGACUGAACAGGACCUGGUUACUACUAUACUGAAGUUAUGUGGCAACCAUGGUCUGAUAAAGGAUGAAGCCUACUGCCAGGUGAUGAAGCAAGUCACUGCCAACACCAGCUCCAAACCGGACAGUUGUCAGAGAGGAUGGAGGCUGCUGUACAUCCUGACAGCUUUCCAUCGCUGCUCUGACGUUAUGAAGCCAUUUCUGUUGAAGUUUCUGCAGGACGCAUGUGCCAGCCCCGGGGUACAUUACCAAGGUAUUGCCAAGGCAUGUGAGCAGAAUCUGAGGAGGACUUUUCAAUACGGCGGGCGUGUACAGUAUCCCAACAGCAUGGAACUCAAAGCUAUGCUGGCUGGGCGGAGCUCCAAGAGACAGCUUUUCCUGCUGCCAGGUGGGAUUGAAAGGCACUUGAAAAUCAAGACGUGCUCUGUAGCUUUGGAUGUCAUCGAAGAGCUUUGCUAUGAGAUGGGACUACACAGGGUGGAGGCGUUGGAUGAAUAUGCCAUCUUUUUGGUCACACACAGAGGUCAGAAUGUGCGUCCCCUAAACAAGCGCGAGUAUAUCCUGGACAUUGCUACAGAGGCAGAGCCAGUGGACGCCAACUACAGUCUGUGGUUCAGAAGAGUCAUAUGGAGUCUGGCUCUCAAGCUAGACAAUGAACUCUAUGUCACCAUGCACUAUAACCAGGUGUUGCCAGACUACCUGAAGGCCUUGCUGAGUGUGGUUCCUCAGGGUAAGGCCAGUGAACAGCAUCUGCAGCAGAUCGCCAGGCUGGCUGCCCUACAGCACCGUGCCAAGGACACCAUCUACCUGCCCACCAUUCGUGAGGUGCAGGAGUGCGUCCCCCCGCAGUUCUACAGCAAACAAGGUUCACAGCAUUGGCUGAACAUGGCAACUCAACACAUGCAGCAGGUCCAGCCCUUAAACCCACAUCAGGCCCGUGCACAGUUCCUCGGUCUGGUCAGUGCCUUCCCCAUGUUCGGCUCCUCCUUCUUCUACAUUCAGAGUUCGAGCUCCGUAUCCAUCCACACCCCGUGCAUCCUGGCUAUAAAUCUGAACGGACUGCACUUUCUUGACAAAGAUACUCAUGAGGCCAUGAUGCGUUUCCCUCUGAAGGAGGUCCAGUCAACUCGCACCCAGAGACCAACUUCAGGCUCUAGUUACCCGUACGUGGAGAUCAUGAUAGGAGACCUGCUCAACCAGCGCAUCACACAGCUACAGCUGGAACAGGGCCUGGAGCUGUGCCGAGUCAUUGCCAUGCACAUGGAGAACAUGUUGUCAGUCAGAGAAAAGAGACUCACCCUGCCACCAAGCGAAAUCACCCUGCUAUAG